UUCGCCAGCGCGCUCUUCCCAGAGGGCACAACAUUCAUUAGAUAAAGCGCGACGGUUUUUCUUUGCGCCUUUACGCGCGGAUAUAACAGGAAAAAAGUGACUGGUGGGACAUGACUGUGGACGGGGAUAUGGAAGGGUUUAUCCCUCAGAAGGAGAUUGUGUAUAACGGCCUGCUGCCUUACUCUGACCGGUUGGACCGGGAGGCCACGGAGCUGUUGGCGGAGAUCAAAGCCAACCUGUGCAGAGCAGUUCUCCUUAGAGAGCUGUGGCCUGGGGUCGCUUUCUGGUCCAGGAAACUCUUCUCGUUUCUGAAGCUCUACGGCCGCAGGUUCAGCAAAGAGGACCACGUUCUCUUCAUAAAGCUGCUCUAUGAGUUGGUGACGCUGCCGGACUUGGAGCCGCACAUGAUGCAGAUCUACGCCAGGCUGCUCAUUCAGCUUCUCAAGAAGAAGGAGCUGCUGUCAAGGGAUGACCUGCAGUUACCGUGGCGACCGCUCUAUGAUCUGUAUGAGAGAAUCAUCUACUCCAAAACUGAGCACCUGGGGCUCAUCUGGUUUCCCAACUCGGUGGACCACAUUUUGAAGGCUUUGAUCAAAAGCUGCAGACUGUAUUUCCCAGCAUCUUCCACUAAGGAGAUGCUGGAUGAGUGGCGCCCCCUGCUGUGUGUGUUCGACAUGGUCAUGCAGAAGGCCAUCAGCAACAUGGAGCUGUUCCUGCCCACCAUCAUGCCCCCGGAGGAACACAGCCAGGGCUUCCAGAUGUGGUUUGAGGAACUAAUGAAUCUUUGGAUGUCUGUUCAAAAUCAGCCCAGCUGGGAAGGGCAUCUAGUGAACCUGUUUGCUCGCCUUGCCAACGAUAACAUCGGCUACGUGGACUGGACCCCUUAUAUCCCCACAAUCUUCACCAGGAUCUUGCGCAGUCUGAAUCUUCCAGUCGGGGUCAGUCAGAUGGUGGCACCGCGGUAUCUCACCAACUCCUAUGAUGUUGGACACUUGGUGUUGUGGAUCACAGCACUUCUGGGUGGACCAGGAAACCCUGGACAGAAACAGCUGACCUGCCUCUUCAACAGCAUUGCCUCCUUCUACCAUCCCUCCAAUCACGGCCGCUGGCAGUCUCGACUGAUGCGGCUGCUUCAGCGUCUCCCGGCGAGUGUCGUGCGCCGCGUGCACCGGGAACGCCACGCCGAACCCAGCUGGAUCACGCUGGUCCCCGAGUGUCAAAGGUUGACUGAUGAAGAUCUGCAGGACUUCACCAGGAGCCUCAUGGGGGCCACCCUGCUGGCCAUGUUCAGUAAAACUGGAAGUACAGAUGCAGCCUACGCUCUUCAGAACCUGGCUCUCCUCACACCAGAACUCGCCAUACCGCCUGUACUGGAGAAGACCUAUGCAGCGAUGCAGACCCUGACUGAACCACACACCCUCACCGCCACCCUCAGCUGCAUGAUCGGCAUGGCUCGCAGCCUGGUUUCCCCUAACAACCAUUACCCAGAGGGCCGUGCACACGUGCUCCCACUGCUCAUGGGCUCCCUGCCAGGGGUGGAUCCCAACGACUUCAGCAAGUGCAUGAUAACGUUCCAGUUCAUCACCACUUUCACCACGUUGGUGCCUUUAGUGGAUUGUUCGUCGGCUCCGUCUCGAUACUCUGAUCUCUCCGAGAUUGAAAAAGAUCUGUGUUUUGCGUCAGCUGAGUUUGAAGACUUCGUUCUGCAGUUCCUGGACAGGUGUUUUGCUCUGAUAGACAGCAGUACACUGGAACAGACCAGAGACGAGACGGAGACAGAUACCCAGACUCAUUUGGAGAGCCUGGUGGAGCUCGGCCUGUCCUCCACUGUUAGCACUAUCUUAACACAGUGCUCCAAGGAAAUAUACAAGGUUGCAUUGCAGAAAGUGUUCAACUUUGCCACCUCCAACAUCUUUGAGACGUGUGUGUCGGGCAGGAUGGUGGCCGACAUGUGCAGAGCUGCAGCAAAGUGUCAUCCUGCUGAGUCUCUCCGUCUGUUCGUCCCUCACUGCUGCAGCGUCAUCUUCCACAUUACUGACAGUGAGGAGCUGGAGAGCGGAGACGAGCUGGAUAAGGAGCUCUUGUGGAAUCUCCAGCUGCUUUCUGAGGUAACCCGUGUUGAUGGUGAACAGCUGUUAAAAUACCAGGGGGACCUGGAGCGUAUCCUGUGUGUGUGUGUGCGCCUGCGCUGUAAACGUGCGUACACACUCGCCUGCAAUCUGCUGGAGCACACACUCCGCUCGCUGUCCCUCAUCUAUCCCACCGAGUACCGCAGCACCUCUGGAGACUUCGACUCUGACCUCCCUAUACGGGACUGGGGAAGAGCAGGAGAUGUGGCGGCGUUGGGUGUGAGUUGGCACGUGCCCAGUCAGGAGGAGGAGGACUUUGUUUUCCAGCUGCUGUCCCACCUCCUGCACCCUGAGCUGCAGCGAAUCAAGGGUCACAUCUCUGGAGAUCAGCCAAUGAGCAGGGAGGAUUUGUUGCAGAGUCUCGCUAUUGUGCAGCACUGCCUCCUCGGAGCUGGAAGUAUACUGCCCCCUUUGGAUGGACUCCACGUCUCUGACCUGGUGCCCUCCAUGGUGAAUCUGGGCGAGAUCAAGCUUCAUAUAGGUGUUCACUACGAUGAUUCACGGGAGAACUACAGAGAGUCCAUCUGCCAAACCAUGAGACUGCUGCUACAUCACAUCCUGGAACACUCGGAGGAUGAUACAAAGUCACUGUUCGUCAUCAUUAAGAUCAUCAGUGACCUCAUGUUUUUCCGAGGAACUCACAAGAAGGAGUUUGACUCACGCUGGAAAAGCUUCACUCUUGUCAAGAAGUCCAUGGAAAACAGGCUUCAUGGGAAAAAGCAGCACAUUCGAGCGCUGCUGAUUGACCGAGUUUUACUCCAGCACGAGAUGAGAAAGCUGGUGGUUGAAGGCAGUGAAUAUAAAGUGGUUCAUCAGGAGCUGCUGUGUGAUCUGCUCCUGCUUUCUACCAGCACUUACAGCCAGGUGCGUAGCAGAGCGCAGAAUGUGCUGAUGGCCGCCCUGGGAACCUUCAGCUUCUCCUACAGAGACCUGAUCCCCCGAAUCCUGCAACUGCUGUCGCCACAACACACCACUGGGACGCAGCAGCAGUUUAAGGGUGCUCUGUACUGCCUCCUGGGGGUGCACAGUGGCGUUUGUCUGGCCAGUACGAGGGACUGGGACUGUGUCGGGGCGGUGUGGCCCGCUCUGGUCUGCUGUGGAUUGUCGCCCUCUAUGAACCUGGAGAAGCCAUCUAUUGGUCGACUGCUCGAUGACAUCGCAGACAGGAUCCAUCGCCAGCACGACACCAUCGGCAUCUACUUCACUGUGUCCGAGGGAUGUGUAGAGAUAGCCAAUGAAAUCGCACAAUCUGAAAAUCCCACGCCUUGUUUGGAGGCACCAUCCAAAGAGGAGAUGAAGGAGGGGCAGCAACGUCAGCGAAUCAGGAAUGUGGUUGCUGCACGAAAAUACGAGAAGCUAGUCAACGACCUCUUGGACUGCCUUGAAGACCGAGACUUGCCCUGGAAGUUUGAGCACAUGGCCACAGACUUGUUGUCUCUCCAGCUGAGAGAUGAUCACCCACUUCCCCCCGAUGCCGUCCUCUACUUCACACAGAGCCUCGUGCACGACUCCAUCAGCAUACGCAAGGUUGCAAUCUUAGCUGUGGCUGGAAUCCUGAAACAGCAAAAACGACCAGUAAAGAAAGUUUCUGUGAAGCCAUCAGAUAUCAGUGGUAUCGAGGAGGAAGCGGAGGGUGUGUGUGUUGGGGAUCGUGAGGGGAAUCGCUGGCUGCAGUAUGACAGCAACAACCUCCCUCUGACUCAGGAGCAGUGGGACUCUCAGCGUUAUAUGGAGAAAACACACUGUGGCUACUACUCAUGGCCGAGAGAAAUGAUGAUCUAUGCAGCUUCUGAAAAGCCAAACGAUGACCUGCCAUACGAGGAGAUGAGUGAGGGUGAAAAGAUCAUCUUUGAAUAUUUCUCGGACCCCGAGUUUAUUGACCAGCUGAUAGAGUUUCUCUCUCUGGAGGAACGCAAAGGAAAAGACAGCUUCAACCCUCGUCGCUUCUGUCUCUUCAAGGGGCUGUUUCGUAACUAUGGCGACGUGUUCCUGCCGUUACUAUGGCCACACCUGGAGCAGCUCGCCAGUGACCCCCACGAGAGCUCCCAGCGCUGCGUGUGCGAGAUUACUGCAGGACUAAUCAGAGGCAGCAAACUCUGGAGCUUCAGCAAGGUGGAUAGGUUGUGGCAGCUUUUGUGCCCUUUGAUCAGGACAGCAUUAAGCAACAUCACAGUGGAAACCUACACAGACUGGGGCACCUGCAUCGCUACUGCUUGUGAGGGCAGGGACCCCAGGAAACUCCACUGGCUGUUGGAGAUGCUGAUGGAGAGCCCCCUGAGCGGAGAGGGUGGCUCAUUCAGGGAUGCAAGUUUGCUAUAUGUGCUUCAGGGAGGUCUGGCCCAGCAGCAGUGGAGGGUUUCUGAACUGCUGCACCGGCUGCUGGCGUACCUGGAACCCAAACUCACCCAGGUGUAUAAAAAUGUCAGGGAGCGCAUCGGCAGUGUCCUGACCUAUAUCUUUAUGAUAGACGUGGCCCUGCCCCACACCCGGCCCACCUCCUCCCCCCACGUGGCAGAAUUCGUCACCCGGGUCCUGGAGCGCCUCAAGCCCCUCACGUCAGAGCCCGAGAUCCACAACCACGUCCACGAGGAGAACACCCAAGAGACGGACGAGCGCACCCAGGCUGUCAAGCUGCUCAAGACGGUGCUGAAAUGGUUGAUGGCGAGUGCGGGGCGAACUUUUACCACUCCUGUUCAGCAGCAACUACAGCUCCUGCCUCUGCUCUUCAAGAUUGCCCCGGUGGAGAUUGAUGAGAGCUAUGAUGAGAUGAAGCAGGAUGCGCGCACGUGUCUCUCUCUCAUGUCCCAGGGCCUUCUGUAUCCUGAGCACAUCCCUCUGGUUCUGGCAGCACUGGAGGAGAUGGCAGGCAGCAGGUCGUGGCAUGCACGCUUCUCAGUGCUGACCUACCUCCAGAUCAUGAUUUUCUACAACUUGUUUACUCUGCUCAGUGUGCCUGCUGAGGUUCUCCGCAUCCGAAAGCUGGUGAUGCAGCUGCUGCUCGAUGAGCAGCUUGAGGUGAGGGACAUGGCAUGCACCACCCUCAGUGGUUUACUGCAGUGCCAGUUCUUCCCUCUGGACUCCAGUCUGCAGACACAGCUCCAGACGCUGAGUCAGACUUGCCUUCCCAAGGCCAGAGGAGAGCUAGCCUCCACAGACUUGGUGCGGCGCCAUGCUGGAGUGCUCGGCCUCAGCGCCUGCAUCCUGUCGAGCCCCUAUGAUGUUCCAGACUGGAUGCCUCAGAUACUGAUGGACCUGAGUGACCAUCUCAACGACCCGCAACCCAUAGAGAUGACGGUGAAGAAGACCCUGUCUGAGUUCAGGCGCACUCACCACGACAACUGGCAGGAGCACCGUCAGUGCUUCACCGACGACCAGCUGCUCGUGCUCACAGACCUGCUGGUGUCGCCCUGUUACUACGCCUAGACGGCCAUCUGCCUUGCCCCGGGUCCUCUGCAGGCUGGCCCACCACUACCACAGGAAAAACAAUUACACCUUUUUAGCACUGUUGGGAAACUGCAGCCCUCCGUGCAGCCUGUUAAAAUAACGUCUGAUAACGCUGGCUGGGGAACUCUCCCUCUGGAACCUCACAUUGCCACUGUUGGCCUUCAGUAAACCCAGCAGGAAAAAAAAGCAGUUCUGGGCAAAAAAAAACUCGGUUUCAAAUAUUGAACUUACUUGGUGUGUUUAUUUUGUUACGCCAAGCAGCUCAGCAGCCCCAAAGGUGGCCACUCUAGAGAUAAAUGUGUUUGUAUUUAGUUUUCUUGUUGUUCUAAUGGAGCAUAAUCAGCUGAUGAUGUGCCCACAUCUGCCAGAAACCUGUUUUUUUCAUCUCAUUAUUUCCCAUCACUCAAAACACACACACACACA